AUGGGUACAGCGUUUCACUUUUCUUCCUUUCAGAGAGCCAGCUUUAUCCUCAACAAGGUCACAAAAAUAUGUUUCGACGAAAGUGACCAAAUCAAGCCACAGACGCACUGCCUUGAUUUAGCGGGAAGCGGUGAGAUUCUCCCUCAUGUUGAUUCCGUAAAAUUCGUCGGACGUGGCCUGGCUACCAUUUCUCUCCUCUCAGACUCAAUUUUGCGCUUUCGACGAGUCAACAACCCCGACGAUUUCGUGGACAUUCUCGAUGAUGUCGAUGUCAAUAUGAAAUCGGUUUGUCAAUUCGUCCUUUUCGCUAUUUUCCAGACAGAAUGUGUGAGCCAAGAGAACUCAUGCCGCGAUCUCGAGUGGAAAUCGGCAAAACAAAUGGAAAAGUCUCUUUAUUUGGAACCCACUGGUAACGAGUUUUCACUAAAAUGCAAGAUCGAUACCAAAACUGACAGUGAAAACGCUAUUCUAUGGUUCCAGCUCCUCGAGGAUAGAAUAACUUCGGACGAUGUAACCCUCGAAAGUCUUAACAAAAAUCUUAAUGGCAGCAAAGAAAUGAGCACUGCUGCGUUCGAUAACUUCCAGAGAAAAUUCGGCAGCCAGCUUUACCCAUUGCCGACAGAGCGAAAAACAACGCGUAUAAAAAACUCGAGGCGUGACGAUCUCAUCUCUUUUUCCAAGAAUGGACAACGCAUCAAAUUUCAGCCGAUUCAAGAGAGCCUCAACGGGUUUUAUACAUGCAUGUACGCGGAGGCAUGCGCCGACGGCUCCUCAAAAGUUAUCAUUGGAAAAACGUUCCAGGUAAACGGUGUGGAUCAGCCCCAAUCUCUGCCAAAAAUCAAGGAUGGCCGGCAUGAAGUUCUUAGAAUCGAAGAAGGAGCCGAUCAUCGUGUUGUGUGUCAGGCGUUUUCAGACAGCGUCGUCAACUAUCAAUGGCUUGUUCAACAUCCUGUCAAAGAAGAAGGAAAAAUGCCUUCUUGGGACAGAUAUCAACCGCCAAUCGAAGAGACAAAUCCUAUUGACAAGCAUUUGACUGGCGCGGACGCUGUCUACGAGGAAAAAUGGACUCUCCCGAGUGUAUCACUUGCUCUGAACGGGACGCGUUACAAGUGCAUCGUUACGAAUUACCAUGGAAACACGGAGAAGACCUAUAUCGUCAUCGUGGAAAAGUCGCAGCUAUCCGAAAUCGUUCUCGGAGUUGCAGCUGCUGUUUUCGGCGUCUUUCUUAUCUGCUUUGUCGUCAGUUCUAUUUUGAGACGUCACAAACAAGGGUUGAAAAGCUAUCACUACAAAGACGGUGAACUGUGGAAUACCGGCGCCGUAGAAAUAAAUCCUAUGCUGCCGAUGCCAGACGGUCGGACUGAUGGUUUCUUCGGGCCCAAUUUCCGAAUUCCCCAACCUUACCAGCCUUACAGUACUGGCACGAUGAGCUCGAACAUUUUUCAUCAUGUGCCGGAGCAUUUGAAAUUAGAGCGCAUUAAAAUCACUCUUGGCCCGCUACUUGGCACUGGCCACUUCGGAAUUGUCUACAAAGCGGAAAUGCUCGAAGACGACCAAAAAGUUUUCCCUGUUGCUGUCAAGACGCUCAAAGCGGAACAUAACUCGGAAACGAAAACCAAGCUACAAGACGAUUUGAUUAGCGAGUUCGUUUCGAUGCAGCAGUACGGUAAUCACGACAAUCUGGUGAGGCUCAUCGGUAUUUGUUGCACUCACGCGCCGUACUGGCUCGUAAUGGAAUACUGCGAAAAUGGCAACCUGAGAGACUAUCUCAGAGAGAAAAAGAUCGAACCGGGCAAGCUGCUCGAGGAUCGUCCCAGGGUUGAUCUAGAGACUAAUUUUGAACGUGACCUUACCAAGAUGGAUCUGAUAUCCGCUUCCCGGCAAAUCGCGCUCGGCAUGAAGUACCUCUCGGAACAGCAGAGUUUCAUCCAUCGCGAUCUCGCCGCGCGGAAUAUUCUAGUCACUGCUAAUUUUACCAUGAAGAUAUCCGAUUUUGGCCUGGCCAGACGGGACAUUACAGAUGAGAAUUAUUACCGAUUGACGACAGCCUCGGAAGAGCCAAAGCGAAACAAUCUGAUGAUGCCCUGGCGGUGGAUGUCACUCGAGACAUACGAGAAGAAGGUGUACACUCAAGCAAGCGAUGUUUGGUCGUAUGGAGUCGUUCUUUGGGAGAUCUUCACAUUCGGCGAGACCCCUUACUGCGCCCUAGACACUGACGAGAUUUUAGCUUUCUUGCAAAAGGGCAAGCGCCUGGAGAAGCCACACCACGCUUCCGCUGAACUGUACCAAUUAAUGCUUGACUGCUGGCAUCAAAAUCCACAAAAAAGACCUCAUUUCAGGACGCUAGUGGAGGACACAGAGAAGAUGAUGAUUGAUUCUGGCGUCGAAGACGACUAUCUCGACCUCACGAGUGGAUGA